CUAUUUCUUUUUAUACAUUGAAUUUUUACAUGGUAUCAGAGCUAUAGGUUAAAGAUCUUGCUGUUCUUCGCCUUCCGGCGGGCGGCAACCUUGCCUUGACCGCCCGUCGGGUCUCAACCAAUUCAAACCUCUCUCUGUUUUCAAAUCUCUGCUUUUACACAUUCUAGAUAUGGAUAGUUUCCUCUUCACCUCGGAAUCUGUCAAUGAAGGCCACCCUGACAAGCUCUGUGAUCAAGUCUCCGAUGCCAUCUUGGAUGCUUGCCUUGAGCAAGAUCCGGAAAGCAAAGUUGCUUGUGAAACCUGCACAAAAGUCAAUUAUGAGAAGAUAGUUCGCGAUACUUGCAGAGGUAUUGGUUUUACCUCUCCUGAUGUUGGCCUUGAUGCUGAUCACUGCAAGGUCCUUGUCAACAUUGAACAACAGAGCCUCGACAUUGCACAGGGUGUUCAUGGUCACCUAACCAAGAAGCCCGAGGAAAUUGGAGCCGGUGACCAAGGCCACAUGUUUGGCUAUGCCACUGAUGAAACACCUGAACUCAUGCCUCUGACUCAUGUCCUAGCAACCAAGCUCGGUGCCAAGCUCAUAGAGGUGAGGAAGAACAAGACGUGCCCUUGGCUAAGGCCAGAUGGUAAGACCCAAGUGACUGUUGAGUACCGGAAUGAUGGUGGAGCCAUGGUCCCCAUUAGAGUUCAUACUGUUCUCAUCUCAACCCAACAUGAUGAGACCGUCACAAAUGACCAAAUUGCGAAAGAUUUGAAAGAGCACAUAAUCAAACCCGUCAUCCCUGCCCAGUAUCUGGAUGAUAAGACCAUCUUCCACCUCAACCAGAUGCUCUCUCUCUCUUCUUCCGGCUACAGAGCAAUCGCCCCCGAUCUCCGCGGCUACGGAGACACCGAUGCUACUCCUUCUGCCAACAGCACCAACGCCGAUCUUUCGACGAAGUCGGAGAGCAAGUCGGCCUCCGAUCUGGACCAGAAGUCGGCCAGAUCUCGGUUCUCGCCGGGCUGCUUCACAGAAGAGAAGGCCAGGCAACUCCGGCUGAUGACCAAGGAAACGUCGUCGUUCUACGACAUCAUGUACCACUCCGCGAUCGCCUCCCGGCUCGCUUCCGACUUCCCGAACUCGUCCGAUCGGUGAUUUUAUUUCCGACUGCCGGCGAUCCUCUCUCUCACUCUCUCGGCCCCCCCCGUUCCUCUGUCC